AGGGACUAAAAGAGGCAACAAAAAACAUAGCAUCAACAUGAAAACCCUCGGAGGAGGCAAAACGUAUGACUGCUCCCAAUGCGACAGGAAGUUUCCGAGAGCUGGAAAUUUGAGUAAUCACCUCCGUACGCACACGCACAUAGGGGAUCCAUUAGAGUGUACAGUGUGCAAAAAGAAAUUUGCUCGUGGUUCUUAUAUGCGUGCACAUUACCGUACGCACACAGAAGAGAAUCCAUUCGACUGUACAGUGUGCAAAAAGAAAUUUGCAAGUAGUACCGCAUUACGGAGACAUGACCGCACCCACACAGGAGAGAAGCCGCAUGAAUGUUCUGUGUGUAGUAGGAAAUUUUCGGAAAAGUCCGACUUACAGAUACAUUUUCGCCGCAUCCACGCAGGAGAGAAAGUGUACGAGUACGAGUGCGCUGUGUGCAAAAAAUUGUUUUGGGGAAGCGGUGCUUUGCGUGAACAUCUUCGAACUCACACGGGAGAAAAGCCGUUUGAGUGCACUUUCUGCGACGGCAAGUUUUCGGUAGCUGCGAGUUGUUUACGGCAACAUUUUCGCACCCACACAGGAGAAAAGCCGUUUGAGUGUAACGUUUGCAGCAAGAAAUUUUCAGCAAGGAGCAAUUUACAGAGACAUCUCCGCACUCACACAGGAGAAAAACCCCACGAGUGUUCAGUGUGCAACAAAAAUUUCUCGGGAAGUGAUGAUCUGCGCAUACAUCUCCGAAUCCAUACAGGAGAAAAGCCCUUUUGCUGUGCUGUGUGCGACAAGAAAUUUUCGGCGAAUAGUUUUCUGCAUGCACAUCUCCGCCGCACCCACUCAGAAGUGAAGAGGACAGUCCAGUGUUCGGUCUGCAACAAGUUCUUUUCAAACAACAGUAAUCUGCGCCGACAUCACCUCACCCAUACGGGAGAAAAGCCCUUCAAGUGUGCUGUGUGUGGCGCCAAAUUUGCGCAACACAGUAGACUAUCUGAGCACCACCGGACCCACACUACGGAAAAACCGGAAAAACCGGAAAAACAGUUUGGCUGCGAUGUGUGCGGCAAGAAAUUUUCGUCCAGUUACCUGCUGGACGCACAUUUACGCAUGCACACCGGGCAAAAGCCCUUCGAAUGUUCCGUGUGCGAUAAGAAAUUUUCGGCCGAAGGUUCUCUGCGUUCACAUUUCCGCGUCCACACGGGAGAGAAGUCGCUUGAGUUUAAGUGUUCAAUGUGCAGCAAGAAAUUGUCGUCAGCAUCUGGUCUUCGUAGGCACUUGAUCACCCACACAGGAGAAAAGCCCUUCGAAUGUGAUCUGUGCGGUAAAAAAUAUACGGCCCGUUCUACUCUGCGUGCACAUUUAAGCACCCACACAGGGGAAAGUCCGUUCAAGUGUUCUGUGUGCGAUAAGAAGUUCUCAAUAUUUGGUCUUUUGCGCAAACAUCUCCAAACCCACUUGCAAGAAGAUUUGUGACAAGUCAGCGUGAAAUUUCCAGGAAUUUGUUUGUUUAUGUAAAAAUUCAGGCAUUUUAGAAACGAGUAUGCA